AUGGGAUGUGCCGAAUCCAAAGAUGACAAAUUCGAGAAGAUUGGGGGCGAUAACAAACCCAGCUACAUCGCCAUGGCGCUGCUCAAUGUAAGUUUAAUUUUCACUGUUAUUACGGUAGCUUUUUCGGUUUAAAUUGAAAAAUAAUUUUUUUCCUUGAAUUUCGAAGUUUUUCAUAUUUUUUAUUUCCAAAAUGAAAUUUUUAAAUUGAAUGGCUUUUGUAUUAUGUAACGAACAUCCGUAAGGAGUCAUUUUUAAAGCUCAAUGAGACUUCAGGACGUCUGGUUAACGGAGAAAUUACUUUUGACAUAGCGAGGUUAGGUACGUGAAUGACCGGUAAAUUAAAGGGGAUAAAACAAAGAGUAGGGAGAGUGGGAAUAAGAGUAUAAAUUGUUUGGUAAGUAUGUCUUGGAGGCUAUAAUUAACUGUAUUUUGAUUUAUAUACACAAUAUGUAUAAUAAAAUUUGUAAAGUCAGAGUAAAAAAUGGAAAUUGUCAUCAUUUUGAUGCAUAAAAUUUUUGUUGAAUAUCUUGCUUGUCCCUGCGAAGCGGAACCCGAAAUUUUCAGAAAAUGAAAUUUGGCCAAAGAAAACACAGGACAUGUGAAGAGGAUCAGUCGCAUUCUCUCAUGUCAACUUUGACUUUUCGCCGAAAACCCCGAAAAAAUAGAACAAAGGUUGAUUUUUAGAAGAGAUCCUCUGAAACUAUGCCUUUUUUAGUCAUCACACAAUAAUUUUCAAGUUGAUUUUCAACCAUAAUAAUGUUUAUUGCCGCUUUCCUUGCCAGCCAUUCUUCCAUCAAAUAUGGAAUUAUACAUAUAUUAUAGAUUUUUGUUUUCAAAACAAAUCCUUCAUGAUGCAUUGUCGAGGGAAUAAGAGAUGACAAUAGUACGUGGACAGGGAAGUAAAUAUGCUUAGCGUGAUCUGGGCCUCUUGCUGUUUCCCGAAUGCUUGAAUAAUUACAAAAACAAUAAUUUUAUACCGAACCUAAAAAAGCUAGACAAAAACCGAAAUUAAAAUUUUCUCAGUGAUAUUACAAUAUGCAAGAUUUUUGGUGUGCUUUCCGAAAAAAAUAAUAGCGAAACUUUCUUUUCACCGCAAAAUCGACAAAGAAAAGAAAACAGUUUCUUUCUCUGCCAUCUCUCUUCACUUUCUAUAGUCUUUCGUCUGUAAAGAUCGUCUAACUUUCCGGGGGUUGUAAAGCAUGAGCUAAAUCUUUCUAAAGUAAUUAUAUAUCCCAUGUCAAAGGUGUUAUUCCAAAGUUUCGGACUUUAUUUAUAAAAAGUUUAAAUCAUCAAAACCCCUCAUAUUUUCAGGCUAAUCAUGCGGCCGCGAUGAUGGCUUCCUACCAAUCCAACCCCAGCCAAUUGGACCCCGACACGGCCGAUGAUUUAAUACGAAAAGCGAAGAACGACGGCCAGACGGUCUCCGUCGUCAACGGCUGUCUUUAUCUCGACUACAAAUUCGCUGGAUUCAUGCCAACUUGA